AUGUUUCCAAAAUAAAUUCAAUAUACUCAAUCUCAAAAGACGAGUGAUUAUAGCUUGAAUAGUUAACAAUUUAACUAGAGGCCUUUUCGAUAUGAAAACCAAUAAUCAAGUAAAGCACCUUGGUAGAAACUUAAAUCAAAUGAAACCGACAAUGAUCCAAUAACAAGACGUGACAGAACUGUUAAAUCAAUAGUAAACAAUGGCUAUUAUAUUAGACUGUCUUAUAAGAGAUAUUUAGUUGUAGCAAUUAAAAAAAACUAAUAAAAUUAGUGAGUUCAUUUCUAUAGUAAGAACAGCAAUUAACUCAAAUUGGUGAGCAAUUCGACAAAUAGCAAAUAAUUUCACUCUUCUUAAAAAUUCAUCAGAUGCAAAGUCCAUAACUUGUGUAGUUUUUACACUUACUUUAUGAUUCUCUGUUUUCUUUAGAUUCAUCGGUUAGUUCUAAGAUUUACACACAUCAAGAUGUUCUUAAAUAUAUGCUUCUAUCAAAUUAUGAAUAAAUCUAAGGGCAAGCAGGGUAAUUGACCAGAAUACUUGAAAUUUUAUCAGAGAUGCAGAUUCUGAAUCCUGAUUUCCUAGCAUUUGAGGAAGAGUUUCAAAUUGAUAUGGAAGAAGUAUUACAUCUAAUAAUUAAUUAGAUUUCAAAUUCAUUUAACAAAGUCUAAUUGCGAAUCCUGUUUUUGGUUAGUUCAAUAGAUAUACUAAGAGCUUUGAAAGGUUCAGUAGCUUUGUUUGAAUAAUUAGAAUAGUUUGUGUUUUCUUAAAUCAAGAAUAGUUAGAUGCCAAACAUUUCUGAUAUGCAAACUCUUGUAUAUGCUUAUAUUCUCUUAAGUGAAUAAUUAGAUAUUGCUAAUAGACUUGGCUAUUCGAAAUAAGCAGUAGAGAUUAUAGGUAAAUCUUCAGAUUAUUCAAUUUAUGAAUUAAAAAAAAGAUUUAUUAAUAAUGCUAUGAGAUUAUCAUAAAAAUAUUUAGGGUCUUAAGUUUGCGAUUAACUAACAAGUAUGAAUAGAUCAUUCAGUCCUGGGUUCAAUAGAUAACCAAUGACUCGUUUCAAUUAAUUAGAUAGUGCAUCCUAUUAAUUUCUAGUCAAUCAAUUGAAAAUGGAUUACACUUUAAAUAAUGAAGAAAAUUUUUAAAUUGAUUUUAAAUGCAACAAUAUAUUGACAAGUCCCCUCAUCUAUUAAUUAAUGGAUAAGUAAUUUAAUAAUAAAUAUUUUUAGAUUAGUUCCAUAAACAGUGAAAAAAGAGAAAGUAAAUUCAAUUUUUACUGAGUAAAGUCAAGCGGAGAAAAAAAGUUAGCCACUUAUUGUAAAAAAGCAAUUCUCCAUUAAAUAAUUGAAGUAAGAGAAUAUGAUAUAAUCUCAAACUCAAAAUUAAGUAUCCACCCCUUCACAAAAGAAUUCAUAACAGGUAAAAAUAAUCAAUAAAUCAGAUGUCCUAAACCUAAGGAUUUCAAACUUCCUAAAUCAAAUAACAAGCCAAUAUCAGUGUCAAACCAGGUUUAGAUUCUAAUGAAUUUGAAAUUCUAUAAAAUAAAUUAGGUCGUCAAUAAUAAGAAUUGGAAGAAUUAAAAUAAUUGUAUAAUACUAAUAUGGCUCAAAAAAAAAAUGAACUCAAUCAAUCAAAUUAGCAAAACUAAUAAAAUGAUUAACUAAAGAAAAAGAUUGAAGUGUUAGAGACCAAUUUAGUAUAAUUGAAGAAUGAAAAUACUACUUAUAAAAAGGAGAAAGACUAAAAAUAAAGUGAAGUUAAUGAGUUGAGAUCCUUCAUACAAGAUUUGCAAGAUAAAUAGCUAAAAUUAGAAAAAUUAGUUCAAUCACAAUAAUAGUAAUAUCAAUAGUAAUAAUAAUAAUUUUAAUUGUAAUUACAAUAAUAAUAAUAACAAGCGUCACCAUAAUUACCCAAUCCCAAUCCCUCAUAACAAUAUUUAAAAAAAUAACAAAGCAGCUAAUCAACUAAAGCAAAUACUUAAUUAUAAAUGAAUAUCUAAAUUCCCAAUAAUAAUGAUGACAAGAACAGACUAUUUGUGAGAGCCUAAAGUUAAAUGAGUCAUUCUCCAGGAGAAGAAUUUAAAAAUGAAAUGGAUGAUACAAGUCCUAGAAUUAUCAAAUAAAAUUAAGCCUAUUUACUUUAAUUAUUAGAUCUGUUAGAUUUGAAUACAUCUUUCACUAAAACUUAUACCAAAUUUCAUUCAAAUAAUGAAAAUAAUUCUUGGGAAAGUGAUGUAUCAAUUCUACAUAAUUUUAAAAUAGAAGGGUUAAUAACAGAUUCAAAUGAAGGGAAAGCACUGAUGCUCAAAGCUUACAAUCAAUAGAAUCUAUUAUGCUCGGAAUAGAUAUCGUUUGAUCUCUUGAAAAAUCUUCUUGGCUACGUUGACUUUUAAGAUACUCUACCAACAAAUCUACCUAACAUCAGUACAACUCACUAAUUCUUUAAAUUUUUAAUAUUGCCUUAUACCGCAGUUGUACAGGAUGAAACUACUUAACAAUAUAAAAUUUAGUUGUGGCCUAAACCUUAUGGAUUAUUGAAUGGAUUAAAUUUAAAGGUAGAUUUCUUAGAUCUUAAUUGUCUAGUUUAUGUUCAUCAUCUGGAAACUGAUCAAUUUAGAAUUAUUAUAUUUGACCCUGCAAGUUAUGAUUGCUUCAAAUUAGAUUUAGAAAUGGACUACUCUUCGAUCGAUACAUUCUUUGUAGAUGCAAAAUCUAUUAAAGAUGAAUUCAACUAUUAUUGUAAGAGUAAUUUAUUAAAAUUGACUGAAAAAACACCUAAAUUUGGAGAUGAUGAUGUUGCUGAAGCCUUGGUAGAAAGACAUUUUUCAAAAGAAAAAGUAAAAGCAGUUUAGGCUGAAAUAAAGUAAAAUUAAUCAUAUGGUCAAGAAAAUCUAGUCUUAAAAUAGCCACUAGACUUUCUGAAAUUCAUUAAAUCAAUUGUUUAAGUCUUUGAAUAAUAACUCAAAUCAUAAUCAAUUACUUUUCCUAAUAGUUUACUUGGUAUGAAAUAUUUCAGAUGCAAGACCUGGAAUGCUGGAACUAAAAGUUAAAUUCAAAUUGUCAAAGAACAAUUAGAUCAAUAAUAAAUUUCUAUAUAUUUGGCUAAUUGUUUUGAAUCUUUUGGACCAAAUAAAUCAAAACUUAAAGCUAAAGGAAGUACCCAUAUUAACUUUUCAGCUAUUCAAAGAGAAUUUUCUGUCUCCUAUGAUAAAUUAUAAAUAGAAGAAAGAGCAACUAUUUUAUAAACUAUUUUAUAUUCAUUCAACUUGAAUAUUUUUGAAAAGGUAUGUGAAUAGGAUGAAUAACAGUUUGACAAAAACCCUAUUGUCUAGAGUGUUUAUGAUUGCGGCUCUUACCGAAAGUAUUUAUAAUUAAAUUAUCUAUAUUAGAGUCAUCGCCUUCGAUAAUGGCAAAAUUGCUUAGGUGACCAUCUAAGUUAUUGGAUCUAACAGAAGAAUGUGUGGAAUUAAAUUUGCUGUUUUCAAUGUUGAUGAAACCAUUGAGAAUGGAGUAUUCUUGCCGGUUUCAUAAAGUGAAUGGGAUACUAGAGCCAUGGAAAAAUAAAAAAUUAAAGCAUCUGUUCAAAAUGUUCCAUUUGCUGAAUAUUUAUUGACUUAAAUUCUAAAAUGCCCAACAACUUAAAUUGUAAACUUCUAUAAUUGAUUCUUAGAUUUUGUUUAAAAAGAUUUUGAAUGCUGAUUUCAAAUCAAAUUAAAUUAAUAGUAAUGAAAUUAAGAAGAGAAAGACUUUCAUUGAAAGAGUGGACAAUCUAUUAACCUGGCAAGAAGUCAUUGCAAAUUUAUGA